AUGAGAGACAUUCGGGCGAAGCGGAACGACAACCCCCUGCUCCCUACUCGAGAGCGUCGAUCCCAGGGGACUACAACGCGAGGAGUUCUUUCGCCACUCGCCAACAUCGCAAAGCUCACGAAUGAUGUAGCCACCAUAGCUAGUACAAACAAAGUUCUCCCAGAACAGCUAAAGCAUGCGACCGAAGAAGCGGAAAGGCGCGCCACGGACUUCGGCAUUCGGGAAGCUAUCACGGCACUCCGGGAACAGCUCAUCCUCUCUGGGAAACUGUUAAACCCGCAACGCAAACAAGGCCAACAAAGAGCGAAUGAACAAGCACGAGCAAAUAUUCCAAACCAGUCUCUCGAACUUAUGGAAGUCUCUGGGUUGCUUAGAGUCUAG